CUUCAGUCUAUUAUUAAUACAAUCAUCCCUAAUGUCAACUCGUAAGCAAACUGACGUCUCGUUGCCUGUGCCCGUGGUGACCCAAUUAGCUGGUGGUAAGGGUAUCAAAGGCGCUGGUUUGCAGGGCGGGAAAGGUGGCAAAGGUGGAAAGGGAGCUAAGGUUCAUGGUGGUAAGGGAAAGAUCGGUGGCAAAGGCUCGUCGAUCACCAGAUCGGCCAGGGCUGGCCUACAGUUCCCUGUGGGAAGGGUUAGACGUUAUCUCAAGGAUCGUGCUACCGCCAAUUGCCGAGUUGGUUCGACCGCAGCCGUUUACACAGCGGCCAUCUUGGAGUACCUCACUGCAGAGGUUCUCGAACUCGCUGGUAACGCCGCCAAGGACCAGAAGGUUAAACGUAUUACUCCACGACACCUACACCUUGCCAUCAGAGGUGAUGAUGAACUUGACGUUCUCAUCCGUGCAACAAUUGCUGGAGGUGGAGUCGUGCCGUACAUCCACCAGAGCCUUACGGUGAAGACGCCUUAUCAUAAGAAGAAGAGAGUGAUGUAAAAGUUGAUAGGAGAUCAUGUUGCAUGCCAAUAGUAUAAUAAGUCGGGCCGAUAGGAUAUCCUAAGUCCCGCUGUGCUCGCUAUCCUUUCAUUUGUCAAUUGCUGUGAUGAAGAUUAGCAGUAGUGGAGAGCGUAUAAAACUUCUGUUGAGCAGAGGAUCGUCA